CACACAGAAAAAACUCCUGGUGAAGCAACUGAGAUCCAUGUGACAUUAUUAUAAAGAUGGUGUUUAUUAAAGAGGAGAGUGAAGACAUAAAGAUUGAAGAAACAUUCAGAGUGAAACAUGAAGAUACUGAAGAACAAACAGACCUGAUGGCACUGAAAGAGGAGAGUGAAGUACUGAAUGAAAUGGAAGAGAAAGAUCAAUAUAACAAUCACUGUGAUUUUAUUACUGGAGAAAAAUCUCUUAUUUGCUUACAGACUAAAGAAACUUCAUCACAAAAAAAGGGGCAAAAGACAGGGACUAGAAGUAAUUUCAUCUGCCAACAAUGUGGAAAGAGUUUCAAAAAAGAAGGAAACUUGAAAUUCCACGUGAAAAAUCACACUGAGAAGCAUUACACAUGCCCUCAGUGUGGAAAGAGUUUCAAACAGAAAGGACACUUUGAAGACCACAUAAGAAUUCACACUGGAGAGAAGCCUUACUCCUGCCAACAAUGUGGAAAAAGUUUCAACCAAAUAGGAAUCCUGAACAGGCACAGGAGAACUCACAAUGGAGAGAAGCCUUACACAUGCCUUCAGUGUGGAAAGAGUUUCAAUGAACAUAAAAAACUUGUAGUCCACAUGGGAGUUCACACUGGAGAGAAGCCUUACUCCUGCCAACAGUGUGAAAAGAGUUUCACUAAACAUGGAAGCCUUCUAGUCCAUAUGAGAGUUCACACUGGAGAGAAACCUUACAGGUGCCAACAGUGUGGAAACAGAUUCACUUAUAAAGGAAGCCUUAAUAGGCACAUGAGAAUUCACAAUGGAGAGAAGCCUUUUCACCUGCCAACAGUGUGGAAAAUGAUUCAACCGAUAAAAGAAUAAAAGAAACCGUAAUGCCCACAUGACCAUUAAAGGAAGCCUUAAUAGGCACAUGAGAAUUCACAAUGAA